AUGGAUGAUAUCGAUGAAUUGCAAGCACUGGUUUAUCAACCUGAACCUGCUCAACUCACAGAGCUUCGUUCGUAUUGGGAGUUUGCUGCCAUCUCCCAAUUUAUGAGCUUAUUUGGAAGCGUUAUCAGCAUAGAAGAGUUUGAAACCGAGACGCUCGAGUCUCAGAUGUUGAAUCCAGCCCGAGAUCCUGCGUUGAUCGAAACUAUGGCCAAAAUGAUGCGCAUGGCAACGCUGAAUAGGUUCAUCACCCCCGAGACCUGGCUACACUAUCUCGAUAGAGAGUUUGAUAGAAGGGAAAUCACCGAUCGUCCCAUCAGAGAGGGCGACGACUUCUUUGCUCUACCGAUUCGGAAAAAGGUCGAGCUACUCCACUUCUUGUGUGAGGGUCUCUUUGAUAAUCCAGACCGCAUGCGUGCGCUUCUGAAAGAUGAAGAGGAUGAUGCUGUGGAGUGGAGAGUCGAACCUAUCGGAUAUGAUGCGAAAGGGAACAAGUUUUGGAUGUUUGAUGACAAUCGAUUGUAUAUGGAAGUUACUAACAAGACUGACAAGAGCAAUAAGAAGUCUGGAGAUUCGGCACCUGCACGUCGAGGCAAAGCAGGCUCGUCAUCAAUAACAACAGAUCAACCUCCUAUUAACUCUCGAUCUGGAAAUGGAUCAUGGCAACUAGUAUGUCUGACUCCUGAAGAUUGGCAAACCUUCCCAGACCGAUUCAAGAACUCUAAAGAUCAACAAGAGAAGGCCUUGUAUACCUUCCUCACCGAACAUGCAAUUCCCAUGGUAUUACAGGAUAUCGAAGCUAGAAGGGCCAGGAAGCUUGAAGCUGUAACAAAAAAACGUUCUUCAAGGCUGAAAUUGCUAGAAGAAUCAGAUGCUUUUUAUGAAAUUAAUAGGAAAUCGACGUUGAGGUCGUCUGCUCGCUCAACGACGCCGGGAGGUAGUCGAGGAACCCCCGAAGUGAAGCUUGAAGAGACGCGGUCUGGUCGUAAAGAACUCCGUGAUCGAAAGAUCAAGGAACGGCAAGAGGCCGAAGAAAUGGAGAUCAUCCUGGAGCAACAACGAGCUGCAAUGGAGGCAGAAGAAGCGAAGAGGAAGGUCAAGGAAGAAAUAGACAGAGAAGAAGAACGCAAAGAAAAAGAAAUACAACGAGCUCUUCAGGCUGAACUUCGCAAAGAAGAAAAGCUGAAAAAGCAAAAGGCUCAAGAGGAACGUCAACGCGAAAUUGAUCAACUGUCGAAACUGUCGCCAAAUGCAACUAAACGUAAAACUCGCCAUGAAGUAAAUUAUGCUCAAAAUGGUGAUGAUGAGAAUGUCGUGGAAGCAAGUAGCACUACCAGCACGAGUGCUACCAGUACUGGAAGCAGGCGUAAAUCCCAACCUGUAAAAUCCUUAAAACAACAACCACCCAAACCCUCCGUACCAGCAUAUGCUUUACAAGUAGUAGUGGGAGGAUCUGACGAUACCGCUCCUUCCGACCCUAAUGUGCCAGAGCCGUGGUAUUUUAGCUGUUUGUGUGGUGUGAAAGGGAACAAUCUGGACGAUGGAACUGCUAUGAUUUGUUGCGAGGUUUGUAACGUAUGGUCGCAUCUGGAAUGUAUUGCUGCCCACGGAAACAAGAAACGUGGGCCAGCGAAUCAACUAGACGUGGCAGCAUGGCAAGCUAGCCAAUUCGUGUGUAAUGCCUGCGCUAAGAAGGAGAAAAAGGCAGCAAAGAAUCAUGCAGUAGAUGAAGUUGAAAGCACUCGAAAUCAGGUGCCUUCUGCUUUAUCUCGGUCUGGACGAGCCGUUAAGUUGCCAGGUUGGCUAAGUAAAGAUGCUCCUCAAGCUGGAGAUGUGGAGCUGUCGCCGAAACGUAGUCGCAGCAAGUCCUCUCGAAGCACUCACGGUAUGGAGCCGUCGCCGAAAAAGCUAAAAUCCAAAGUAGACAGAGAAGAAUACGAAUCACCAUCAUCUUCUAGUAUACCUUCUCCUCACGCCGUUAAUGGAUAUUUUGCUGCUGCCUCCAUGCGUCCAGGAUAUAUACAACCUCUCUCUCCGAUGUAUUCAUCGCCCCGUCCCCAACAACCACAAGGACAUAUACAGGCGCCACCUUACACGAACGGUUUUAAUAUGCUUGAACAGCCGUACUACUCGAAUAAUGGUGUUUAUGCAUCACCUCGUCAACGGGAGCAUCUUAUUGACGAGUCACCCUUGGCCUUAUUAUCAACUGUUGCCUUUUCUAGACCCGCUUUACCUGCUCUGGACUCUCCUGUACAGAAUGGAGUCUCGCCAUACAAUCAAUCUGAAGAAACUGUAAAUUUGCCAACUGAAGUCAAUCAUUCUGAUGUACAGCAUGUGUCUGAACUAGUCAAUAGCUCUGUCAGCAGGACGGAUGAGGGGAUCGUCUCAAAGGACAACGGAAAUAUGAUGGACACUAAGGAUAUCCGUAGUAGAGAAGCUCCUGCCGAAAAUGCGGUCAAUGUAAACGGUGUUUUAAAUCAUGCGUUGUUGUAA